AUGGAGGUCCAGUGGGUUGGGAUGGAAACCCUGAGGCAGGGCGCUCCAAACGUGGCCGUCACCCUGGUCUUCACUUUGCUGCUCGGUGUGUGGUCCGCUCAGGCCCUGGAGAUGUCCGUGGGGAAGAUCCCUUUCCUGGAAGCUGUGAACGGCAGCACCGUGAUGCUGCCCUGCACCUAUGCCAGCUGCAUCGGCAUCAAAAACCUCUACUUCAACUGGCAGUUCAACGACAACGGCACCAUGGUGAAGGUGUGCGAAUCCGUGAUAGCCACGGAGACCGUGACGCCAGACGUGAGUAUAUACCGAGAGCGCGUGGAUUUUAUAGGGAAAAACCGGGAAAACAACAUCUCCAUCUUGUUGUGGAACAUCACCUUCGAGGACGGCGGCCUGUACACUUGUUUCGGACGCAAUCCCAAAGAGAAGGACAAGAACCACAGUGCCAUCUUCCACCUUAUUGUGGUGGACGAGCUGAGGGUGGUGGACAACACCCUGACCAUCAUCAUUGCCUCAGCGGUGGGCGGAGCCAUAGCGUUCCUGAUGGGCUUCAUGUUGCUCAAAAACUUCACCCUCUUUGUUCUCGCCAAGCUUGAGGAGAAAAAUAAGGAGUGCCUUGUGACUUCAUCAGGGAUCGACAACACAGAAAAUGGCCUCUCAGGAUCCAAAGCCGAUUCAAAGCCGACGCCUAAAAAGAAAUGAGAUGUUCCACGCAAAACGACACGAGCACUCAAGUAUCAAUCUUGUUUUGCGUGUGUCUGCGUAUGCAAAUGCAUUUGCACACAUAAAAAGUCUUUACGUUCAAUUUUUACUUUCACUACUCUGGCUGUGACCGUCAAAAUGUGCACACACUUAUACCAAAUGUGCACUGAAUAACAAACUAAACAGAUGGCUCAGUCGUGCAAACAUGAUCAAUAAACAUGUGCACAUCAUUUGUACUGGAUUGGAUAACUUAAAUUUCAAUAUGACUUAUUUAAGAUAUCUAACUAUCACUGAGCUUGACACAUUCUUAAGAUAAAGUCAAACAAAAUAAAUGGAGAGGGGCCUAUUUAGCGAAAAUAUUCCAAUUAUUGCCAUAUUUAUUUUAAUGCCUAACAUUGUUCCUCCCUACUAACUUUGAUGUUUUCACAGCCUCCAUACAAAUAACUUGUUGAACUUUUGUUGGCUAAAUAGUUACAUGGGUCAAUUACUUACACUCGUAGACCCGACUCCUUACGGUAUUAUGAAUUUGUAUGGGCAUUCCCAAAGGGGAGGAAACACCAUGUUUCCCUUCAGAGGCCAUAAAACCUUCAUAAAGCAGAAAGAGGUGGCACUGGAUGGUUAAGUAACAUGCGAUACUUUUAGUUAUUUAAGCAUUAUAAAUAAGAAUAGCAUGAGAUAAUAAUUUUCCAAAACUUCACAGAAAACAUUUUUUUAAUCAUCUUCUCAUUGGCUUUAAGCAAUAACAAAUAUUGGUUACGUUCAGAUGAAAAUCAUGGCUUGGGAAAAAUUCCUUUACUUUUUCUACUCAUUUGAAAUCCUUUUGGAUGUAACAUUGUUUACAUGUAAACUCGAGGAAGAGGCCACUUUUUUUGCUGGUUUAGUCCACAACUUGUCUUCGUGAGGUUUACGAAUAGACAUCCCCUUAAUUAUGGCAAGUCAAAGAUCCUGUUUAUGAAUAAAAUAUAUUCUUCUUACAAUAGAACAGUCACUGUCAUUUACAGAAUAUUUACUGUUCACAGGCAGUUGCUGCUCGAUGCCAAAUAGUUGGAUUAAAUUUAAGGUCUUGUGUGUAAGACGUUCUAUUAUUCAGAUUAAACCACAACCAAAUGAUGUGCCCAUUUUAUUUAAUUAUGUUUGAAGUCUAUUGUGUGAGUUAACUAGUAAAAACAGUUUUUUGUCAUUUAGCAUGGCUGCUCACUGAAUCUUGUUUUUCCAUUAUAUACGAAUGACUUACUUUUGUCACAGCCAGAGUAUAUAUUAAAAAAAUAAUAAAGAAAAUGUUUUAAAUGUCAGGUCAAAGCAAAAACACUUUGAACACUUUAAGUACUUGAAACAGAGAAAAUGCAAUGUAACUCCAGCUGGGCUGAAUCCUCUUUUUAGCAAACACCAUA